GGGAGGUAGUGGCCCGCGACUCUCUGAGCUCCGCUCGUGUCCCGGCCUUUCCCGGGCGCUCGGCCUCCUUCUUUCCCUCCUCCGUUCUCCUCGUCUUCCGUACGCGCCGAGCGCUGCGCUCGGCCGGCGUGCCUCGCGCCCUAACGGGCGGCCGGGGGCGCCAAUCAGCGGGCGGCAGGGUGCCAGCCCCGGGGCUGCGCCGGCGAAUCGGCGGGGCUCGCGGCCCGGGGUGGGAGGCGGGUCUACCGCUCGGCCGCGGCGGCGGAGGAGCAGCUCCCAGCCAGCAGCCAGCGAGCGCCGAGCGAGCCGCCCGGAGCCCCUCAUCCCAUUCGGAAGAGGAAGGAACAAAAGGUCCCGGACCCCCGGCUCUGACGGGGCGGGACCCGGAGCCUUGGUCCAGGUUAGAUUAAGGAGGAUAUUUUCUUAGAGUGGAUCGCUGCCUUUGGUAAGAACAUGUCGUCCAUCUUGCCAUUCACUCCACCAGUUGUGAAGAGACUGCUGGGAUGGAAAAAAUCAGCUGGUGGAUCUGGAGGAGCAGGUGGUGGAGAGCAGAAUGGACAGGAAGAAAAGUGGUGUGAGAAAGCAGUUAAAAGUUUGGUGAAGAAGCUAAAGAAAACAGGACGAUUAGAUGAGCUUGAGAAAGCCAUCACCACUCAAAAUUGUAAUACUAAAUGUGUUACCAUACCAAGCACUUGCUCUGAAAUUUGGGGACUGAGUACACCAAAUACGAUAGAUCAGUGGGAUACAACAGGCCUUUACAGCUUCUCUGAACAAACCAGGUCUCUUGAUGGUCGUCUUCAGGUAUCUCAUCGGAAAGGACUGCCGCAUGUAAUAUAUUGCCGAUUAUGGCGCUGGCCUGAUCUUCACAGUCAUCAUGAACUCAAGGCAAUUGAAAACUGCGAAUAUGCUUUUAAUCUUAAAAAGGAUGAAGUCUGUGUAAACCCUUACCACUACCAGAGAGUUGAGACACCAGUUUUGCCUCCGGUGUUAGUGCCACGGCAUACUGAGAUCUUAACAGAACUACCACCUCUGGAUGAUUAUACCCACUCCAUUCCAGAAAACACUAAUUUCCCAGCAGGAAUUGAGCCACAGAGUAAUUAUAUCCCAGAAACGCCACCUCCUGGAUAUAUCAGUGAAGAUGGAGAAACAAGUGAUCAACAGUUGAACCAAAGUAUGGAUACAGGAUCUCCAGCAGAACUGUCUCCUACUACUCUUUCCCCUGUUAAUCAUAGUUUGGAUUUGCAGCCUGUUACUUACUCAGAACCUGCAUUUUGGUGUUCAAUAGCGUAUUAUGAAUUAAACCAGAGGGUUGGAGAGACCUUCCAUGCAUCACAGCCCUCACUCACCGUAGACGGCUUCACAGAUCCAUCAAAUUCAGAGAGGUUCUGCCUAGGUUUACUCUCUAACGUCAACAGAAAUGCUACAGUAGAAAUGACAAGAAGACAUAUAGGAAGAGGAGUGCGCUUAUAUUACAUAGGCGGGGAAGUUUUUGCUGAGUGCCUAAGUGAUAGUGCAAUCUUUGUGCAGAGCCCCAAUUGUAAUCAGAGAUACGGCUGGCACCCUGCAACAGUGUGUAAAAUUCCACCAGGCUGUAACCUGAAGAUCUUCAACAACCAGGAAUUUGCUGCUCUUCUGGCUCAGUCCGUUAAUCAGGGUUUUGAAGCCGUGUAUCAGCUAACUAGAAUGUGCACCAUAAGAAUGAGUUUUGUGAAAGGGUGGGGAGCAGAAUACCGAAGGCAGACGGUAACAAGCACUCCUUGCUGGAUUGAACUUCAUCUGAAUGGACCUCUACAGUGGUUGGACAAAGUAUUAACUCAGAUGGGAUCCCCUUCAGUGCGUUGCUCAAGCAUGUCAUAAAGCUUUGUCACCAGUCAAGUCCCAUCAAAAGACUUAAUGUACCAACUCUUCUGUCAUAGUAUUUGUGUGUGGUCCCCGUGGACUGUUUACUAUCCAAAAAUUCAAGAGAAAACAGCACUUGAGGUCUCAUCAAUUAAAGCACCUUGUGGAAUCGGUUUCCUAUGUUUGAAUAUUAGAUGGGAAAAUUAAUGUCUAGAAAUACCCUCCCAUAAAGGAGGAAGAGAAGAUUUUAAAGACUUACUGAUGUCUUGUUGGGCAUAAAACUGAGUGUCCCAAAGGUUUAUUAAUAACAGUAGUAGUUAUGUGUACAGGUAAUGUAUCAUGAUCCAGUAUCACAGUAUUGUGCUGUUUAUAUACAUUUUUAGUUUGCAUAAAUUAGGUGUGUGUGUGCUGCUUCUUGAUUUAGGCAAUCCUUUAUAAAGUUACAGUACCUAAUCUGUUAUUCCCACUUCUUUGUUAUUUUUGUGUGUCUUUUUUAAUAUAUAAUAUAUAUCAAGAUUUUCAAAUUAUCAUUUAGAAGCAGAUUUCCCUUGUAGAAAAACUAAUUUUUCUGCCUUUUACCAAAAAUAAACUCUUGGGGGAAGAAAAGUGGAUUAACUUUUGAAAUCCUUGACCUUAAUGUGUUCAGUGGGUCUUAAAUAUUCAUUCUUUUUGUGUUUGUUUACUUACUGCUAAAACCUUAUGGAAAUUUUUCCAAACCUCUCCUCCAUUUAUUUCCACUUUUGUCCUGAUACCAAAACGGUGUAGCGUGACAUCCAUCACCAAUAAUGGUUGCACUGAUACCGCCAGCACCAGUUAAUUCUGGGGUACGGUAACAAAUCAUAUGGAGUAAGUCCCUUUGUCUUAUACCAAAUUUCAGUUUCAGCAGAUGAUAAUAGACUUGUGUAACCUAGCAGUCUUUUGAUUUAUCUUUACACCUCAUAAAAAAUGCACAGGUGGCAGUAUAAUUAUUUUCAGGGAUAUGCUACAAUUAUUUCAAUAUAUUUAUCCUUUUUAAAAAUUCAGUCUAUAGAUAUAAACACUCUUUAAAAAGGUAUUUUAAAAUAUUUCAAUAGCAAACCUAGUGCUCUUUGAGUUGAGUUUCCUUUGAUUUAGUUACCAGAUUGUAUUAUGAAAUGGACCUUUUGUAAAUGUAACUGCUUCAGCAAAAUACCUAGAAAAGUAAUGCUGAGGUAUGAUCAACAGGUAAAGGCCAUCUGUUUUUAAGGUAUGUUGUAUUAAAUUUAUACAAUCUAUGUUAUUUUACAUAAUUAUGAAUUCUGAAUUUUAAAAUUUGGGGGAGAAGCAGUUUAGCAAGUUUUUUAGCUUAUAAUUACCUACAGUCUGAGCUGUUCUUAACUAAUCCUGAAUAUGUGGUGACUAUUAGAACCAACCAUGCUUUAUGCUCUACAGUGACAGGAGAUGUCAGAAACUCUGUUGGAAGUCCACCCUGCAGCAGAUAAUCCUAAUGUUUAUUGUUAACUCAUUGCAGUUUAAACAUUUCUUGUUUGCAUCUCAGUAGAAAUGGAAAGUAACCACUCCUGGUCCCCUUCUAGUAAGUUUUCAUAUUUUUAAAGACAGAUUAUCUUUGGUACUUGUUUUUUGAAACGAUAUUCACCUUUAUCUACAGGUGUUAUUUUCAAUACUUUCAGCAUUGCUUGUUUUCUAUUAGAUAUUCCCCAUUUUUCUAUAUUUGUGUAUGCAUGUAUGUGUUCAUGUAAACUUGGUAUAGUAAUUUUUUAUUCAUUCAACAGAUAUUUAUUGUUCACCUGUUACGUGUGCCAGGAACUUUCUUAGCCUUUGGGUAAAGGUGAACAAGACAGAUAAGGCCCUUGCCUUUGCUGAGAUAGCAGAUUCUAUAAUGCUUAAUUAGCUUAUUUGUCUAUGAAGGAGAUAAAACAGGGUACUGUGAUAAAGCAUAGCAGGGGGAAUGCUUCUGUAAGGUAGUGAUGCUUGAGCUAACACUUCGGUGAGAAAGGAGCAAGCCAUGUGGAGAGAAAAAUAGGCAUUCUUGGCAAAGAAAAUGGCAUCAAAUGCAAAGGCUUAUUUUAAAGGAAACUCAUAAUUUACUAGGUGUUUAUGCUUUAUACAAAAACCUCUACACAGGUCCAAACUUGAGGAUCAGAUUAGUUCUACAGUUUAUAAUAGUUGAAGGUGGCCUUACUUUGUAAUAGAUUGCUUCAUGUGUCAUUCUCACUAAUAUUUCCUCUUCCUCACGUCCUUACUGUAAAAAGUUUACACCAGGUCAGUACCAUUUAAUUGAACAACCCUUUCUUCAGUUCUGCCUUGGGCAAAUUUUCACCAUUGUAGUGACUGGCUGCUUGCUUCCAGAUGUCCUGCUGCCCGAUAAUUAUUACUUCUACAGCCCAUCCUGUGGAUAGAGUAAAUGUCCCAGGUAUUACUGCUGUCAGACCUGUUGGAAAUGUGGAGGCUCUGCCCUUUGGAAGUGUUUACUUACUAGAGGACUUGUAGUGAUGUUAGGGAACACUGUUCUUUGUCUGGGGGUAAAGAACAACUUUGAAAGUGGUAGAACAUCCUGGCAGUUGCCCUUGCAUUGAUAUGUUAAGCAAAGCAGUACCAUCUGUAACAUUUCAGUAGUGGAUCACAUCUCUACAGUUAUGGUGGGAUUCUUCUGUACAGUAUGAAACUGGGACUCACCUCUUUGGAAGCACCCAUGUAUUCAGCGGUUAGACCUGUCAAGCAGUUGACUUUGUGGUUGCAGUGGUUACAUUUGUAUGAGUGUGUUCAAUGGUCUUCCUUCCUUUUUAAUGUGAUGCUGGUUUUGCAUUCUAUUUUGGCCACUGUAGCCUAAUUUUUGCUGAUUGUUUUUUCCCUUUAUAGGGUUUGUUUUCAUUCUUCUAAGUGAUAAGAUCUCCUCUCUGUAGAAUUUAGUCUUUUUUUAGAUUAGCAACAUCAUUUAGAAUUUCUUCUACACAGUGCUGGUAAUUUCCUCAGUUUAACAACAUGAGAACUGAAUGAUCAUGCUUUCUAUCACAUUUCUAAGAUAAAUGGUGAUUUUCACAGUGGAUUACAUACACCUUAGGGCUGGUUUAGGGAAUUGGAGGCUGGUGACAUUCCCACUGACUUUGGCCUGGCCAGUGGCAGCUUCAUUUUUAUUCUGUGUUGGAGUUCCACGUAGGAACUCCAAUAGAAAGAUUUCUUUCUUAAAAAAUUUUUACUGCUUAAAAAAAAGUUUGACUUUCCUGACUAGAUUUGAACUAUACCAGUUAGUGUGCUAAUUGUACAUUAUGAUAUACAUUCAUUCAAUAAACAUUUAUUGAUGCCUGUUCUUUACCUACCCAGUGUGAUAGAUGUUGAGUAAUAAAAAGAUAACUGGGAUUUGGUACUGACUCUCAAGCCAUCUUAGUCAUGUGGGGUUACUUUCUCUCUCAGGACCUGUCACUUUGCCAGAAGAAAAUCUGCCUAAUUUUUCUUGAAAGCUAUAUAUUCUUACUCUGUACUCUUAUUCUGUAUUCUAAGUAUAUAUUUGCAACUUGUUAAUAUCUGGGUUUUUUUUAAACCUCAUAUCAUAUCUAGUUUUGCUUGGUUCAUCUGUCCUUUAAACAUUGCCAGAUAUUCUCCUUUGUUGAAAUUAUUUUAUUGGUAAUUUCACUUUAUUUGUGCCUUUAUUGUCAGUUUCAUCAAGACUAAGAUUUUGAACUUGAAAAACAAUCCGUCUAGUCUCUUGCUAGUUGAAAUCAAAUAAAAGAGUAUAUAUACCCAGUUGGUUUCUCUACCUCUUCCAAAAAUUGUCCAAAUAUACCUUUAACAUCUUUCUUUUUUUAAAAUAACUAAACACUUUGAGCAUUUACUCAAUAAUCAGUGCCCUCCUGGUCUGGCUGAUGGUGGGAUGUAAUGUAACGCAAGACAAUCCUCACUGUACUUAACAUCUGUCUUUAUGUCCAGCCUUUACUUUCAUAGCUAAACAUUCCAGCUUCACAGUUUGCCACCCCUCCACCAUUCCCCAGUAUCUCUUUAGAUAACUAAGUAGACUGUGGACAUAAGCAACCCGUGAUCUUGUCUCUUACUCUGGUGCAACACGUUGAGGUUUAGACAUAACACAUUAUUGCCCAUUUUCUUUCCUUCGUGAACUUUAUUUUGCUAAGUCCUUUAUAUUCAUCAGCUGAAUUUUAUUCUUCCUUCCCUUCUCUUGACAACAUGUAUCCCUAGUGGUUUUGCUAGUUGCCCUCUUCCUUGCCAACCAUGUUGUUUCUGCAUACAUCAGAAUGUUUCUCCUUUGAACUUUACUAAAGACCAAAAAGGGCGGUGCUGUUCAAUCCCAGGGUCCUAAUUUCUUCACCACGAAGGUUGACGUUGUUCAGAUUGGUCAGUCACUUAAAUCUUACAGAUGGCUCAGAAAUUCUAUCCAGUUAAAUGUUUUUGUGACGAUAGCAUACAUUGUCAGAUUCUGUUGUAAAUUAUGUUCAGGAUUAUGAACUUUUCCGGUAGUUAGUUGCAGCCAGUGAUUUCCUCAUAAUACUAGCCCUGUUUCCACCUUGGGGCAUAUUGGGUGGUUGUAUUUAGUACAAUCAAGAGUAAUAAUGAUAGUGUGUGGUGUCUAGAGGUUGUCAGAGUCCUAUUGAAUUCCUUUUAUAUCUUCCUUUUCAAGUUUUCAUAAAUAUUUUGUCUGUUCAGACUACCUUUUGUGUGUGGGGAUUGAGGGACAAAUUAUCUCUUGUAGUGGAAUUCCUAUGUUUGAAGCCUCAACCAGGAAAUGUGAGCUAUACUAGAUAUAGAUAGCCUCAUGAUAGCUUUUAUGAUGAGAACUUGUCUAAUGUGUUCACAUAACUUCUUGAGUAGAAACUGUUUUAGCUUGGAUAUUAUAGCUAACUUUAUAUAUAGCAUAACUGCCUUAAAUCUUUUUAGUAGGAAAUAAAUUAUAGAAUGUGUAUGUAUGGAUUUAUAUAUACAUAUACACUUCCAGAAAAAUCUUAACAGUAGGGGUCAUUUGCAUACAUUUUAACAGUGUUCAAUGAUUCUAUUGUUUAAAUCUCAUAUCAGUAAAAAAUAUUUAAGUUUCUUGCAGACAUUUUCCUUUCAUGGACAGACCAUCAGGGUAAAUUUUUUAUUCUGCCAGGGUCCUAAUUUGGCGGUUCAGUUAGUAUGCCAUUUUUAGGCAGCUUGACAAUUAAGAAUCAUAACUGGAACAUCAAAAAAAAAGCUCUGAGUGGUCUCUGGAAGGUACUUGCUUAAGGUUACCCUUUUUUUUUUUUUGAAUAAUGUUAGAUUGUGUGUCCGCCACACCUGCUCUUUCCCCCCCGCCCCCCGGCAUAAGACUGCUGCUUAAGAUACCCUGGGAAGCACCACUACCAAGUCAAGUUUUCCUGUAUUGAAGGGUAGCCUCAGGAUGACUUUCUUAGCUGUGCUCAACAGAAAUGGAUUUUCCAAAGUUCUUUGGGCCAUUUCUGAGUCACAGAGUAUCUGACCAGAGUAUAUAUUAGCCUGAGUUAACUUCAGUGUUAAUUGGUUUGCUGCCAUGAGAUCCAUAAUAGACCCAAAAUUUCACCAUUGAUUGAGAUGUAAGGGCCCUUUGAAAGAAUAGUACCACUGAUGUUAGGAGUGAGGAUUCAUUAACUCCACACAAAGGACUUUUAGAUUUUUCUCCAACCAAAUUUCCCCCCAAAUUAUAUUCUUCUAUCCUCUUUAAAAAAAACAAAACAAAACAAAA